UCAAAAUGUACACCUCUAAGAUUAAAUCAUUCCGUCUCACCCACUAUACAGAAAUGAUCAUCAAAUGGGUUCUAUACGGAAUCACUAUUUGGAUCUGAAUGAGUGUGAGUGAGUUCGAUCAAGUUUUCUUCCGCAAACCAAAGAGCAAAGUGCAAAAGGUCGAUGUCACACAUAACACAAAUGAAAGACGAAACAAUCACUUCUGAGUUCGAAAAAUUGACAAACAGAUAUGACACACCCAAUAGGUUGGUGGCAUAUUCUAUACAGCUCUAUAAUGAAACAGAAAUAGUAUGCAAGCAGAUGUCUAAGAAUCCAAACAGACCCAAGUCUUUACACUAAACUAUUUCAAUCCCAAAUCCCAGUUUUGUUUCAUAAUCGAUCAUGGGGUUCAUGCUCUUCUGCUUACUGCUGUUGUCCAUCUUAUGCCAUUCUUGGGCUUUGGAAGCCACUGCCACUGUCACUGAGCCGGAGCUGGAGUUUUUGACUCGGGAGUUGCUGGAAUCGGCCAAGGAACCCGAGUUCUUUGAAUGGAUGAUAGGAGUGAGGAGAAGAAUCCACCAGUACCCAGAGACUGGUUUCGAGGAGUACAGGACGAGUGAGCUCAUCAGGUCCGAGCUUGACUCGCUUGGGAUCAAGUAUACCUGGCCUGUUGCCGAGACUGGUAUCGUCGCUUCUAUCGGGUCCGGGUCCAAACCCGUUUUCGCUAUCAGGGCCGACAUGGACGCCCUUCCUAUUCAGGAACAAGUAGAGUGGGAGUUCAAGAGCAAAAUAGAUGGCAAAAUGCACGCUUGUGGUCACGAUGCACAUGUAGCGAUGUUGCUUGGUGCAGCCAAGAUACUCCAAAGUAGAAGAGACGUGCUAAAGGGAACUGUGAAGCUGGUUUUUCAGCCAGGAGAGGAGGGUUUCUCUGGAGCUCACCAUAUGCUACGACAUGGUAUUCUUGAUGACAUUGAUGCCAUCUUCUUUAUACAUGUUGUGCCUGACCUGCCCACUGGUGUCAUUUCUUCGAGGCCGGGGCAAAUGCUGGCUGGUUCUGGCAGAUUUUCAGCCACAAUCACAGGAAAAGGUGGACAUGCCGCUGCACCACAUAAGAAUAGGGACCCAAUUAUUGCUGCUGCAUCUGCUGUUUUGGCUCUCCAACAGAUUGUAUCAAGAGAAACCGAUCCUCUUGAAGCCAGAGUGGUCACAGUUGGGUACUUCGAAGGAGGUAAAGCAGAAAAUGUGAUCCCCGAGUCUGUAAAAUUUGGAGGGACUUACAGGAGCUUGAGUCCUGAAGGCCUCAUCUAUCUCAAAGAAAGGAUCAGAGAGGUCACUGAACUGCAAGCUCUCGUGCAUCGAUGUAAUGCUACGCUGGACUUUAAGGAGGAACAGCCACUGCCUUAUCCUGUAAUGAUUAACGAUGAAGCAUUGUAUGGCCAUGUAAAGAAGGUUGGUGAGGCUCUAGUUGGGGAACCUAAUGUGCAUUUUUUCCCAAUGAUCAUGGGAGCAGAAGAUUUCAGCUUCUACUCGCAGCACUUUCCUGCCACAAUUUUUGUGCUUGGAGUGAAAAAUGAGACUCUAAAACCGGACCGGCCUUUGCACACACCUUACUUUGUGAUCGAUGAAGAGGCCCUUCCAAUAGGAGUAGCCCUGUAUGCUUCUGUUGCAAUCUCCUACUUGGAUAGGCCUCUUGUCGACUCUCAUUAAGCAUUAGAAAGGAUUUCGUUUGAAAUUCACCAUUGUAAGUUUCUAGCAGAGUACGUAAGUUAAAUCAUACUGGGCUGUAGAAACAAUAAGAGCUGGAAAUCUCAUUCAUACAACUUUGUUAUCUGGAGAAUCUUUGUUCAUAAAAGGCUCAGAUAUUUACAGCGAUACAAUUUGUUAUCAC